UGAUAAUAUCAGCUACUAAAUAUGUAUAAAAGAACAUAAACUGCCCUAUUUACAGAUUAUCUAACAAUGGCUUGUUGACGAAUCGGAUGUGCGUUCAUCGUAGAAUGCGGAGACCAUUGUCAAACGGCCGAGUCAAAUGUGACGUUUGAUGUUAUUGUAUGACUGGCUGGUGACGAGACAUCAGUUCUCAUUGCCAUUGAUCGGAGGGCGGGCGAAGGCGGGCGGGUGGCGCCCACGUGCUCACUCGAGACCGGAAUAGAUAGUCCGCUCCGCGCAACCGUAUUAACCUAACAUCUUUCACGCACUUCCAUCGCUUAAACAAAAAAAAAAAAAACAAAAAAAAAAACAUCAACAAAAAUCUGAAUCAAAUUUCACGUUUAAAUAAAUUUAACUUACUUUACAUAACCUUUCGUAAAUUGUUUAAGUCAUAAAUUCUUUGGGAAACGCGAUUUGUAUUUCUCAUACGCACAAACGUCACAGGUGUGCAUUCUGCUAUUUUAAUGUAAACUUUACCACCGAGUCGUGCAGUACUGGCUUGACUUUGGUAUCGUAAGGAUCGUCCGUGGGUGUUGUUACGCGAGUUACGCGAUAUUUAGAUUUAGCACCUUGACUCAGUUAUUUGAUAGAGUAGUAGAUAUAGUGAGCACCGGCAUCCGCUGAGUGCAUGUGCGAUGCGAUGCGUGAUAAAAUCGCAGCAUUGUUUCGAGGCUCGGCGCACACACCUGCACACAACACAGAAAAGCUUCAGAAUGGUGUGCUUGAUCCAGUACUCGUCUUUUCGGAAGGGAGCACACGCGAAGGCGGAUUGGUUUGGCGCGGGUGCUCAGCCAGCUGCGAUGCCGAAGACGGCACGACGGGAGCGUUCGACGAUGGCAACUCAAACCCAGGAGACAAGCUGGAGGGGUCGGACGCAGCUCCGGACGACCCUGUUCACCUCAAGAGACGGGUGGGACUCUUCAGUGGGGUGGCUCUAAUUGUCGGCACUAUGAUUGGAUCAGGAAUAUUCGUAUCGCCCUCUGGGCUUUUGGCGCGUACCGGCUCAGUGGGCAUAAGCUUCAUCAUUUGGAUGGCAUGUGGCCUGCUCUCGUUGCUUGGAGCGCUUGCGUAUGCGGAAUUAGGGACAAUGAAUACAUCAUCUGGCGCUGAAUACGCCUAUUUCAUGGACGCCUUCGGGGGCCCACCCGCAUUCCUCUUUUCAUGGGUAUCGACAUUGGUUUUAAAACCAUCACAAAUGGCCAUUAUUUGCCUAAGCUUCGCCAAAUACGCCGUUGAGCCUUUUGUAGCGGAGUGCGAACCCCCUGACAGUUUGGUCAAAUUGGUUGCGGUCAUUUCGAUUGUGAUGAUCUUAGCAGUGAAUUGCUACAGUGUCAACUUGGCAACGAAUGUGCAAAAUAUUUUCACAGCGGCCAAACUCGUUGCGAUCGCGAUCAUCGUAUGCGGAGGAGCUUACAAACUGAUACUAGGUAAUACGCGACAUUUACAGGAGCCCAACUUCGCCAGUAGCAAGGCGACUCUGGGCAACAUUGCCACCGCAUUCUACACCGGCCUAUGGGCUUACGACGGAUGGAAUAACCUUAAUUAUGUCACGGAAGAAAUAAAAAAUCCUUCCAAGAAUCUCCCGCUAAGUAUCAUAAUCGGGAUACCGUUAGUAACACUAUGCUACGCUCUUGUGAAUGUAUCAUAUUUGGCGGUGAUGUCCGUGAGCGAGAUGGCGGAUAGUGAGGCAGUGGCGGUCACAUUCGGUAACCGAUUGCUCGGCCCGAUGGCCUGGUUGAUGCCAUUAGCCGUCACUAUAUCUACUUUUGGAUCAGCGAAUGGAACUCUAUUCGUGGCCGGAAGGUUGUGUUUUGCCGCGUCACGAGAAGGUCACUUAUUGGACAUCCUCUCUUACGUGCACGUGCGCCGUUUCACACCAGCACCCGGAUUGAUAUUCCACUCUUUAAUAGCCGUGGCAAUGGUGUUGUACGGGACGAUAGAUUCGUUAAUAGAUUUCUUCUCGUUCACCGCUUGGAUAUUCUACGGAGGCGCGAUGCUCGCUUUGAUUGUGAUGCGGUAUACGAAACCGCACGCCCCAAGACCUUACAAGGUACCAAUAAUUAUUCCGUACAUCGUGCUGUUUGUAUCGGCGUAUCUCGUGGUGGCUCCUAUACUGGACAAGCCUCAGUGGGAGUACAUGUAUGCGGCAGCGUUUAUAUUGGGAGGGCUGCUCGUGUAUCUUCCGUUCGUCAAAUGGGGAUAUUCAUUGCCGUUUAUGGAUAAAAUUACGGUGUUUCUGCAAAUGGUACUAGAGGUAGUGCCAACAUCUACAACGUUCGAAUACUAAAGUAGUGCCUGCCGGACCUUAAAGAGCGUCAAGUAAAAUCAUUUUCGAUAUCUACCACAUCAUAAACACAAUAAUUAUUACAAUGAAGUAUUAUUAAAAACGUUUCUCGGAAAUUCAUUUUCAUCACUUCAACAUUAAUAUUGAUAUAAUUCGUCUCUGAUUUCUAAGUACGUACUUGGAUAGUGAUUAAAUUACUUAAAUUAAAUUUGGUUGUUAAUUUUUGACUGAUAAAAUAUGUUCCUUAUUUUAAAAUGUAACAGACCGUAAUUCGGUAAUAAUGUUUUGAAAAUAACGUAAUGUGCGUGAAAUUAACAUAGACGAAAUAUUUUAUCGUAAAUAAAAUGUCUAAAAAUUUUAAACAAGAUUAGAGUAUUUUGGAUUUUUCUUUGUUUUGGUAAUUAAUCCAUUAAUUCUUUAAAUAAUCUAGGUUUUUUCAAUAUUUUUUAAGUUCAUCGUUCAUUUCAUUAGUUUGCACGAAUCAUUCCUAUGGGGUUAUUUGCUUUGAGAAUUUCUGUCAUCUUGUCUCUUCCUUGUUUUUUUUUUCGUAGGUGUUGAUUUUAUCUGUAGCAAAAGCUUAAGAUCGAUUUAACGUCUAAAAUCCAUAUCAAUAAUUUACGCAAAUUGGAAUCGUAAAGCAAUUUUAUCAUAGAGGCUCAUUAAUGGUGAUUGUUUCAACAUCAGGAUUCUCCACCGAUACGAUCGCUGUAAUACAUCCCACCUGGACCUUGUAUUAUUAUUUAUGUAUUUAUUUGUUCGGCACACAAUACACAUUACAAGCUAAAAAAAUACACAACAAAUAACAACAAGUAAAAAAUCUAUCUUGCAACAUAAGCCAUGCGCACGACUAAACAAGACAAAUGUGUACUUCUGGCUAAGCCCUUGCUUGCCUACCUGUCCUGGUAAAACUGGGAAGGCCGGAUCAUCAGUAACCCCUCAAAAAUAAAAAAAUAACAAAUGUACUGAAUUUUUACACAAUUUUCCUUACGACUAUAGGACAAAACAACACGAUAACGAAAACUAAUCUAACUUAUAAUGUAAGGAAAUAAUUUUACUCACAAUAAACAUUAAACAAUUACACUAUAUAAUAACUGUAAACAAUCAUGAUUACGAGCCAUGAGAUGACUGUCUUUCUCGACAAAACGUGAAGCCCCAUUCGUGUCACUAUGAGUGAUUGUGCUAAACUCAUGGUUUCUUAGUUAUCAUUAAUCACGAUAGUUAACCUUAGGGUAAUCAAUAGAUUAGUAUCUCAAUUUCGUUUUCAAGGUUUUCAUUAUUUGAUUUAUUGACACCUGGACCACUUAUUUUUGUGAACAUAAUUCUUUAUCCUAGUAUAUCAGAAGGCUGAGUAGGACCCCUUUACUUAAUUCCAGAGAAAAAAUAGGUCACAACAUGUCAAUAUAAAAUCCUCUUAAAAAGACUUAACUUUAAACUGUGUGUUAAAAAUAGUAAGUAUUCAAUUUAUUUUACAAUGGGAUUUUGCGAUCGGUAUAAUUUGGUCUUAUCAUUCCGUACCGAGGCAAACGAUAUUGUUGAUUUUAAUUUUUUAAAGACGUUUUUAAAAUAUUACUCGAGUUUAGUGUUCGAUAAGAAAUAAAAUUCCUGAAUUUGAGAGCGUACUCAUAAAUAAAUAUUUAUUUGCGAGAUGUUGGCAGCCGUGUAAUCUAAAAUUUUUAUUGAAAAAAUAAUUAUUUUAGUAUAAUACAUAGUUCGUAUUUACAUGUUAAGAAAUAUGUGGGCACACAGUACACAUGAUGAUGUGAUAUUGUUAUGUUCGAAAUUGAAGAGUAUUGUUGAUUUGUGAGUACAGGUAAAAUAAUCAAAAAAAUACAUCUUAUUAUUAUGUGAUCUCUUAAAGAGAGCAAAAAUAUUUAUUGUUAUACAUAACACUGAGCUAAAAUAAACACAAUUGAAAUCCGA